GUGUCCCUCGCCGGUAUCGAGUAUGUCGCCGCCGCCAAGAGGAGGCCGGAGACCGCUCGCAUGCUCGCGCGGCUCGGCCCCAGCUGGACCGAGAUCGAGAGGCUCCUGGGCGUGUUACCGCCCAUGGCCAAGGUCGUCCGGGAUGGCCGCUCCUCUGUCGACGAGGGGAGCUUCGUCUCCGCUCGGAGUUCUGGCAGGCCGCAGGAGGCCGCGCCCGCCGCGGAGGCCGCGCCCGGGCCGGCGGGCGCCGCCGCGCCGUGCCAGGCCGAGGAGAAGGACGCCCCGCCCUCUCGGAGCGUGCCAGUCCUGCCGAGCUGGCUCGCGCCGGCGGACCUUGUUCGCGGGCUCGCCGACGCAGCCGAGCCGCGCCCAGAGGCGGGCGCCGCGUGCUCGGCGAAGGGGGAGGCGGCGCCGCUGGAGGCCCGCGAGGCGCUCGUCCCCGGGUUCUCCGGGGAGAUGGACCUUUCGCUGUCUCCCCUCGCGAAGCGAAGGGCCAAGCAGGUGGCGGCCAGGUCGUGCAAGUUCUCUCGGCUGCCACCGCCCAUGUCCACGUCCUCCGCGGACGAGGAGGUGCUGGCCGAGAGGCGCUGCCGCAGCCCUCCGCGCAGGGCAGACGACGCCGACGGCGGGGUGCCGCCGGCCGCCGGGGCCGCAUCGGGGCCGCCAGGCGGCGCCGACGGACGCCCGCCCGCGCGCGAAGGCGACGACGGCGGGCCCCGAGGCGGCGCGGCGGGCGCCGGCCAGUGA